GAAUUGAAUAGAGUGAUUUCGUCACCUCAAAUCAAAUCUAUCCCUGUCUCUCUCUAACCCUUCAAAACCCACACUCUCUCACUACAAAAGGGGGAUUCCUCACUCCAUAUCCAGCCUCCAUGCUUUCUUUCUCUCUCUUCCCCGCCCUAUUCUCCAAUACAACGCCCCUAAAACUCAUCUCUCACCGGAAAUCACGCUAAUUUGCUAGAAUGGUGUUCAAGGGCAGAUUUUUCUCUUCCAAAAAAUCCGACACUUCCAGCCCUGAUGGAUCAUCCAACAGCCCCCGAUCUUUCGGCUCCAACUCCAAUUCCCCGAUCCGAUCCGAUAAGAAGAAGACCAAAUCUCCAUCCCCUUCCCCCUCCGCCGCCACCACGCCUAAAAGCACCAAAUCUCCAUCCCCUUCCCCCUCCGCCGCCACCACGCCUAAAAGCGCAGCUAAAAGCCUUCUGAAGAAGAAGGACUCGUUGAAGGGCAAAGAGUCGCCCAAUUCGAGCAAGGCCACAACGUCUCCCUCGCAGUUAAAGAAAUCGGAGCCGCCGCCGCCCUCCUCCGGGCCGAGCUCGCUGUCGGUGUCGCCGCUUGUGGCUUCGUCGCUGGGGCUGAACAAGAUCAAGACGCGAUCAGGCCCGCUGCCGCAGGAGAGUUUCUUCAACUUCGGGACUAGGGAGAAGGGCGUCUCUUUGGGCGCCAGUAACUUAUCGCGGCCGUUGGUGGGCGGCGGCAUUGGUGGCAGUGAUGGAAGGAAAAAGAAGGAGAAAUCGUUUCUUGAAAAUGCAGAUAAUGGGAGUAAUUCGGACACCAUGUCGACGGAGAGUGGGGCGUCGAGGGACCAGAGCCCCCAUGUGCUCCAGGUGCAGGAGCGAUCGCGCCUCCAAAAUGCAGAAUCUUCAUCUGGAGCUACUGGCCAAUUUGGCUCAUCGUGGGAUGAUUCUGGAGCUCUCAGGAAUUCAGAUGCGUGUACUCCUGAGACGAAGACAUAUGAUUGUGAUAAUCCAAAAGAGUCCGAAUCUCCACGUUUCCAAGCCAUACUUCGUGUUACUAGUGCUCCUAGGAAGAGGUUUCCUGGCGACAUCAAGAGUUUUUCUCAUGAGUUGAAUUCUAAAGGUGUACGUCCUUACCCAUUUUGGAAGCCUCGAAGGCUAAAUAACUUGGAGGAAGUUUUGGCUAUGAUUAGAACUAAGUUUGACAAAGCAAAGGAAGAAGUGGAUGCCGAUCUGCAUAUUUUUGCAGCAGAUCUGGUAGGAAUUCUAGAAAAGAAUUCCGAAACACAUCCCGAUUGGCAGGAGACCAUAGAGGACUUGCUGGUUCUGGCUCGGACUUGUGCUAUGAGUUCUUCUGGUGAAUUUUGGUUACAAUGUGAAGGCAUAGUGCAAGAAUUGGAUGACAGGCGUCAGGAACUUCCCAUGGGCACGCUAAAGCAGCUUCAUACUCGAAUGCUUUUUAUUCUCACUAGAUGCACUAGAUUGUUGCAAUUUCACAAAGAAAGUGGGUUGGCUGAGGAUGAUCAUGUAUUCCCUCUUCGUCAAUCGCUUCAGCCGGCAGAUAAACAUAUUCCUCCAGGUCCAGGGAAAGAUGGAAAGUUUCCGUUAGAUAUAAAAGCUGUGAAGACUCCGUCCACAAGGAAGUUUUACAGUCAAGAGCAAUCAGAGUGGAAGAAAGACCAUGCUGUACGAGGGAAUUUACAACCUUCACUUGCUGAAUCCACAAAGAAUGUGGAUUCUGCUGCUAGUAGAAACAGGAUGGCAUCUUGGAAGAAAUUUCCUUCUCCUUCUGGAAAAAGCCCAAAAGAAGCUGCUUCUGUAAAGGAGGAGAGUAGUGACAGUAUCAUGCAGGCUUCAAAAUCAUUAAAUAACAGUAGAGGAAUCAAUAAUGCUGAGCUAGCUACUGACAAGGUGCCUGAGCUUCCCUCUUCUAAAGAAGCACAUCCCUCAUCCUCAAUGCCUAAGCACCAACAUAAACCUUCCUGGGGGUAUUGGGGAGAUCAGCCAAGUGUAUCUGAUGAGAGUUCAAUUAUUUGUCGUAUUUGUGAGGAGGAGGUUCCCACUUUGCAUGUUGAAGACCACUCUAGAAUAUGUGCCAUUGCCGACCGAUGUGAUCAAAAGGGUCUAAGAGUCAAUGAGCGCCUCACUAGAAUUGCUGAAACUCUUGAGAAACUGAUGGAAUCUUUUUCUGCGAAGGACGUGCAACAUGGUGUUGGAAGCCCUGAUGGUGCUAAAGUGUCUAAUUCUAGUGUGACUGAAGAUUUGGAGCUUCUUUCUCCUAAGUAUAGUGACUGGUCCCGCAGGGGCUCUGAAGAUAUGCUAGACUGUUUUGCUGAACCAGAUAAUAGUACAACGGAUGAUAUGAAGGCUUCCAUGUCAUGUAAAACCCGAUUUGGUCCAAAGUCCGAUCAAGGAAUGACAACAUCAUCAGCAGGCAGCAUGACUCCUAGGUCACCACUAAUGACACCGCGUAUGAGCCCAAUUGACUUGCUAUUGUCAGGAAAAGGUGCUUUUUCCGAACAUGGUGAUCUUCCUCAGAUGAAUGAACUUGCUGAUAUUGCUAAAUGUGUAGCGAAUACCCCUCUGGAUGAUGAUCGCUCUUUGCAGUACCUUCUUUCUUGUCUUGAAGACUUGAAAGUUGUCACAGAACGUAGGAAAUUUGACUCCCUAACUGUAGAGACCUUUGGAGCUCGUAUUGAGAAAUUAAUCAGGGAGAAGUAUCUACAGCUAUGUGAACUAGUUGAUGAUGACAAAGUUGAUAUAACAAGCACUGUGAUUGAUGAAGAUGCUCCUUUGGAAGAUGAUGUUUUACGUAGUCUACGAAGUAGCCCUGUACAUUCUUCCAAAGACCGUACCUCGAUUGAUGACUUUGAGAUCAUUAAACCAAUCAGCCGUGGUGCAUUUGGUCGGGUGUUCUUGGCAAAAAAGAGAACAACGGGAGAUCUGUUUGCAAUAAAGGUUCUCAAGAAAGCAGAUAUGAUUCGCAAGAAUGCAGUAGAGAGUAUUUUAGCAGAACGUGAUAUAUUAAUAUCUGUGCGCAAUCCUUUUGUGGUCCGCUUCUUCUAUUCAUUCACUUGUCGUGAUAAUUUGUAUCUUGUAAUGGAGUACUUGAAUGGCGGAGAUCUUUAUUCCAUGUUGAGAAAUCUAGGCUGCUUAGAUGAAGAUGUUGCUCGCAUAUAUAUUGCCGAAGUUGUGCUUGCUUUGGAGUAUCUGCAUUCUCUACGUGUGGUUCACCGUGAUCUGAAGCCAGAUAAUUUGUUAAUUGCACAUGAUGGCCAUAUAAAGUUAACAGACUUUGGGCUGUCGAAAGUGGGUCUUAUCAACAGCACUGAUGAUUUGUCGGGUCCUGCCGUCAGUGGAACAUCUUUAAUGGAAGAAGACGAGCAACCGUUUUCUGCCUCAGAACAUCAGCAAGAAAGGCGUAAAAAACGUUCUGCAGUGGGUACUCCUGAUUACUUAGCACCUGAGAUCCUUCUUGGAACUGGGCAUGGAUUUACUGCUGAUUGGUGGUCUGUGGGUGUUAUCUUAUUUGAGUUGAUUGUUGGCAUCCCUCCUUUCAAUGCGGAGCAUCCUCAGAAAAUAUUCGACAACAUUCUGAAUCGGAAUAUCCCUUGGCCUGUGGGUCCUGAUGAAUUGAGCUAUGAGGCAUUUGAUUUGAUUGAUCGGUUAUUAACUGAAGAUCCUAAUCAAAGACUUGGCGCUGUAGGAGCUUCAGAGGUCAAGGAGCAUCCAUUUUUCAGAGAUAUUAACUGGGAUACGCUUGCUAGGCAAAAGGCUGCUUUUGUUCCUGCAUCAGAGGGUGCAACGGAUACUAGUUAUUUUACUAGCCGCUACUCCUGGAAUACUACAGAUGAGCAUGUUUAUGCUGGUAGUGAUUUUGAGGAUUCCAGUGAUAAUGGCAGCUUAAGUGGUGGCAGCAGUUGCCUAAGCAAUAGGCACGAAGAAGUGGGGGAUGAAUGCGAGGGACUCGCUGAAAUUGACUCGAGCAAUGAUAUCAAUUACUCCUUCAGCAAUUUCUCAUUUAAGAAUCUUUCGCAACUGGCGUCCAUCAACUACGACUUACUCACCAAAGGUUGGAAAGAUGAUCCGCCUACUAAUUCCAGUACGUAACCAUGAACUCAUCUCUCUCUCUCUCUCUCCCCAUGAUUUCAUUAGGGGGGGGAGGGGUGGAUAGUGGAUUCCCUUGUAAAUAUAUUUUGGAUUAUAUCGGCCAAUUGAUCUUGUUUAUGAUAUAAAAUGCAGACAAAAUUGUAUGUACAAUGUAUAUGUACCAAUGAUGAAAUGGAGUAUAAUUUUUGGCGCAUGGUA